AUGACGCCAACGCCGCCUAACUCAAUCUGCUCACGUCACGUUGCCGUGAUCGGAGCCGGAGCAGCCAGGCUCAUAGCUGUUCCGGAUCCAUUCAAAGAUCAGGUGGUGAUAGUGAUAGGAAAUCAAUCCAGCGGAAGAGACGUUAGCAAGGACAUAGCAACCCUAGCUAAAGAAGUCCAUAUUGCAACCAAGUUCGACGCAUACGACAAGAAAAGUUCCCGUUAAAGCAAUAUACAUAUUCAUCAGACGAUAGACCGAGCAUACGAGGAUGGUUCGGUUGUUUUCAAGACGGGGGAAGCCGUAUUUGCAGAUGCCAUAGUACAUUGCACCGAUUACAAGUAUCGCUUCCCGUUUCUUGAAACUAACGAUUAUUUGACCAUCGAAGAUAACCGUGUUGGACCGUUAUACAAGCAUGUCUUCCCGCCUGCGCUUGCCCCUGGCCUCUCCUUUAUUGGUUUACCUUCGAUGGUUGGUACUAAGUUUACUUGGUUUGAAAUCCAAAGCAAGUGGGUAGCUUCGGUUUUAUCUGGUCGGGUUCAGCUUCCUUCGGAGGACGAAAUGAUAGAAGAUGUCACAUCUUUCUAUGCAAAACUCAAAACUUUGGGCAUCCCCAAGAGAUUUACGCAUUUUCUAACUGAUCCUCAAUUUUCUCCGAUGUUCGAAAAGCUUAAGCCGCAUGAAGCAGUUUUGAUCUCACAGUAUGAGUACUUUAACUGAAUCGCUAAACAGUGUGGCUGCUCGUCCAUCGAUCCUUGGAGAGAAGAACAAUACAACAUCGCUAUCAAGAAAGAUGAUGACAGUUAUCGUGAUGAUGUAUGGGAUGAGCAUGAUCAACUUCUCCAAAAAGCGUACCGUGAUUUUGCUAAAAUUCAAACCGACCAGUGUUUGUUAUCUACCCACCGGUACUAG